UAGUAGUUUUACAGUGAGAGACAGAAAGGGAAAAGCAACUGCUUCAAUCAUCGGUGAGCAAACAUCCAGCAUCUCUUUAAGACUCCGGAUAAAGCUGGCUAGCUCAGUGCAGCAUAUAUCACGUUUAGAAAGCACAGUUUGGGUCUGCGUGGGGACUCGGAGCAGCGGUCCGUGUCCAGGAGCUCCAGUCCUAAUUUGGCUGUGAGGACGAAACAUCGUCAGCUACACAGCCUGAUUAGAGAAAAUGAAUGCCUUCAAUCCAGUGUGUGUGUACAGUCUUCCUCUCCUCUCCUUCGUCACUUAUCAGGACACACCUCCCUACCAGUCUAAGAUGCCCUAGGCCAGGAGAAGGGAAAUGUAAAUGGCUUCCAAAGUAAAAGAUGCUGUGGUGUGGUACCAGAAAAAGAUCGGCGCCUAUGACCAACAGAUAUGGGAGAAAUCAGUGGAGCAGCGAGAAAUAAAGUUUAUUUCUCUGGGCUUGAGGAACAAGCCAAAGAAGACGGGACAUGUCAAACCAGACCUUAUAGACGUGGACUUGGUUAGAGGUUCGGCGUUUGCCAAGGCCAAACCAGAGAGUCCGUGGACGUCACUGACCAGGAAAGGCAUCGUCAGAGUCGUCUUCUUCCCAUUCUUUUAUCGAUGGUGGAUCCAGGUCACCUCCAGAGCCAUUUUCCUCUUACUGCUGGCUCUCUAUCUGCUGCAAGUGGCAGCAGCAGUCCUGUAUGUCAUCAUCCCUCAGCCUCAUGGGAUACCGACCACCGAGGUGUUCGGAGCCAUCUGGCUCAUGUUGCUGCUGGGCACCGUCCACUGUCAGAUCGUCUCCACCAGGACCCCGAAACCUGCCUCCAGCAGUGGGGGGAAGAGACGCAGGAAGUUGAGGAAGGCAUCUCAGAUGGAGGUGCAUAGGGAAGGCGACGGGUCUAGCACUACCGAUAACACACAGGAGGGGGCGCCACACUCCCACUCAGCCAGCACCACAUACAGCCUGGGCGCUCUCUUCCAAGAUUUCUGGCAUGAUAUCUGUAAAGCUGGAUCUAAGAAGUCCAAGCUGUCCAUCGACAAGUCGACAGAGACAGACAACGGCUACGUGUCGCUGGACGGCCGCGUGACCAAUCGCAGCAGCGAGGAGGGCCUUCAGCUCCACGAGCAGCGAUGUAAUUCACUAAACAGGGCCGACGAGGUGUGCUGGAACCCUCUCGUCCAGCCCGCGCACACUCAGGCACCCCGCAGCACGGGACUGAUACUGGCAAGCGGCAAUAAGGAGCCAGCAUCAGAUGAGGCGUCCAGUGAGGAGGACCCUGAAGCAUCUUACAGCACCCUGCGCAGGGGAGUUGAAAGGAUUAACAGUGACUGUGCGCUCCGAAACCGCAAGAAUACGCACCACUACAAGAAACACUAUGCUGUGGAGGACGUCCCCAAGUCCGGCACCAGCUGCAGCUCCAGAUGUUCUAGUCUGAGGACUCAGGACUCUGAGAGCACUCGACACGAGUCCGAGACAGAGGACCUGAUGUGGGAGGACUUCCUGCACUGUGCCGAGUGCAGAUCAUCGUGCACCUCAGAGACGGAGGGAGAAGGAGGAGGGACACCCGUCUGUCCCCCUGCUAAAAAGGAAUAUAGAGACGACCCUUUCCAUCAGGGUCACGUUCCCUGGUUGCACAGCUCCAACCCCGGCCUGGAGAGAGUGAGCGCCAUAGUGUGGGAGGGAAACGAGUGUAAGAAGGCUGACAUGUCUGUCCUGGAGAUCAGUGGCAUGAUCAUGAACAAAGUGAAUCUCUACACUCCUGGUAUUGGUUACCAGGUGUUUGGGAACCUGGUUUCAGUGACACUCGGCCUCACACCUUUUGCAUACAGACUGGCUCAGUACCGUGACUUGGAUCAGCUGACCAUGCUCUCAGCCAAUGAGCUGCUGUCGGUGGCGCUGGGAGGCGGAUCUGGAUCAGAUGCCUUGGUGAUCACCAUGGUGACACUCAGCUUCCUGGUCCGCGUUUGCCUUAUAUGGCUCUUCUUCUUCCUGCUCAGCGUAGCAGAGAGGACCUACAAACAGAGGCUACUGUUUGCCAAGCUGUUUGGUCACCUGACUUCAGCCCGCAGAGCCAGGAAGUCUGAAGUCCCCCAUUUUAGACUGAAGAAAGUUCAGAACAUCAAGAUGUGGCUGUCGCUACGCUCCUACCUCAAGAGACGGGGUCCUCAGCGUUCAGUGGAUGUGAUCGUGUCAUCUGCCUUUCUGCUCACUCUGUCUGUCGUCUUCAUCUGCUGUGCCCAGCUGCUCCACGUCCAUGAAACGUUCCUGGAGUGUCACUAUAACUGGGAGCUGGUGAUCUGGUGUUCCAGUCUGUCUCUGUUCCUGCUCAGGUUCGUCACCCUGGGCUCCGAGACCAGCAAGAAGUACAGCAACACCUCCAUACUGCUCACUGAACAGAUCAACCUGUAUCUCAAGAUGGAGAAGAAGCCAAACAAGAAAGAGGAGCUGACAUUGGUCAACAAUGUCUUGAAACUGGCUACCAAACUACUCAAGGAGUUGGACACUCCUUUCAGGUUGUAUGGUUUGACUAUGAACCCUCUACUCUACAACAUCACCCAGGUGGUCAUCCUGUCCGCCGUGUCGGGAGUCAUAUCUGACCUAUUAGGCUUUAACCUGAAGCUGUGGAAGAUCAAAUCGUGACAGUAAACAAAGAAACAGUGCUGACCUUCACUCACACUGACUCACUGCACGGUUGUCUGACUGAUCCGUCGAUCUAGACAUAUCCGAGUGCUUUGACCUUCAACGUUCACACUUGUGCAAUUCACAAACUAUUUAUUUACCCACUCAGUGUUUAUGACUUAGGGUUUAUUUGAAUUGUAGUUUGUUUCAUUUUUGUGUCUUCUGACAUAAACCGAUGCUAUAUUUUACCUGUCUACAAAAAGUGUUAGUAUUAUUAUAAGCACAAGUUAUUAUGUUUAACGUGAUGGUUUAGGUUCUCAUCAGUCUCUUUUCAUUCUCAUUUUAGGCAAAAAUGGGGCAUUUGUGUUUUAUUAGCUUAAACUUAAAGUUAUUAUGUUGAGUAAGUUUCAAAACAAAACUGUUACAACCUUUUUAAAAAUACACACGUUACUCCAGUCUUGUGAUAACAGAGGAAUGGUACAUUGUUAUAAAACCACAGCUACAAGGAUACGUAGUUAUCUCAAAUCUGGCAGGUUUAGUGCAGAAAAUGUUCAAAUUAAGUUUGUUUGGUGAGCAACUCUGUUCCUCAAAUGUAAUUACAACUGACCAUUCCCAAUUCACACCAGCUCCUAGAUGUUAAGAUAAAUUACAUUUACGUGUAUGUUAUUUUAACAGUAUUGUUCUGUAGGUAAAAGUUUUAAUUUGACUUACCUGAGAAAAUUGUUCUCACUGGUGGGAGAGGAAAAAUGCCAGACGACAUCAGCACUGCAGAGAAACAAUCAUCCAGUUAAUGGAAAUAACAGAACAUGCAGAAUAGGUGACAUUUCUAGAACCUCUGAAGCCACAGGUGUGUAAAAAGCUUCAUAUGGAUCCCACACUCAAUGAAAAAUGCACACAGACCAGAAAAUAUCCUUUUCAUUAUUUCUUUUUCUGAGUUUUAAUUUCAGGCAACACGUAUGUAUAAGUAGUACAUGUCCUCUCUGGUUCAGGACAAUUUCAUACAACAUCUGUUAAAACUACUUGCGUUAGCAGAACCUGAUGAUGUUUUGUGAAUUGCAGAUUAGGACAUUGGCCUAUUCCCUGCAUUUGAAACUACUCUCUAAUUUGUGUCUGAAAUCACUCCUUAUUUACACAUUUACUGUCAGCCAUUUUGUUUCCGAGGUAGAAAUUUAUGCUCUAUAAAAAUUCCAACAAGGGAACCUUUUUUUUUUUUUUUUUAAUAGAUGUGAAAAUUACUGUACUCUACAGCUGUUAGUCAUAAAGUGCCCAAAAUAGCAAUUUACUACUCACUAUAGAGUAAACUAUUGUCUAGAAAAUAGUGAAUGAGUGAACAAGGGAGGGAUUUCAGACAGUCUGGUCUCUUUUGGAAAUUCCCUGUUAAAUUGUUCCAUCAUAAAGAAGUAAUGAUACAGUACAUGCAUAAUGAAAAAUGCUGAAUACUGAUUUGAAGUUAACUUUUUGGGGCUCUUCUGACAAAGAAGUUGGAUGAGUUGGUAUGCAUAUCAUAACAGCAUGAAGAGUUAAGCUCCUGAACUUUUUUUUGGUCCAUUUGUGUCAAAAUUAAACUGUUCCAUCAAUUUAGCAAGUUUAGAAAUUCCGUGGAUUUUACACAACAUUUGAUCAAACUCCUAAUAGAGCUAAGUAGAUGCUAGAUCCACCGGUUUCUAAACUCUACAGUUAAAACAUGUCUGAAAAUGAAUGAAGAUAUGCACUUUUAAAAAAAAGUUUUAAAAUGGAGAGUAGUAGUUGCAUCUUGUUUAAAUGUCAAAAAACAGAUUUAGAAAUGGAGGAAAAGUUACAUCACAUUUAAUUUUAGUUUGUACCUCACCUGCCUGACACAGUAUGUGUGUUUGCUGUUCAGGCGAUUGUUAGCUCUCAUCACUCUCUGAAGUAAAGCCCACAUGGUACGUGAAGUUUUCACGCCCACAGAAAACAUCUUAAAUGUGACACAAGCUGUUGCCUCAGUUAAUGAGUUAGCACUUUGCUAACGGAAACUUCAUAAAAAAAAAUGCUAGCAUAAUAAUAGUCUGUGUUUGAGGAGGAAGACCAAAGUGCUUAUUUUACAUUUUUUGUUUUUGUGUCUCUGCUGGAAAAAGAAUGUAUUUGCAGCAUUAUGCUUUAAGAUCUAUUUGUUUCCCUUUGGAAAUACUUUCAAGUUGUAUCUUUGUGCUUUUUGCUCUUUCAGUCAUUUGUAAAGGUUGUUUCGGAUGCUCGUUGGAAAGGCAAGGCACGUUUUUUCCUUUUUUUUUUUUUUUUUAAAGGAACAAAGUUUGAGAUGUAUGUAUGAAAAUGAACCUAGGUAAAAGGACUCUUUUGUUGUGAUUCUGUUUUUUUAGAGAGUCUGAAUAUUUCGAUUUUUGUGAACUGGUCUGUCCACAAGGUCUACAUUUUUUUUUUUUUUAUAAGAAAAAUUAAAAGAAGUGGAAGUUGA